CUAAUGAUUUUCUUCAAUUUCCCGUUGAGUUCUUUAUCUUAGGCAGACCGGGGUUCGAGUCGAACACAACAGUAUGCGCUUAUGUAGCGCUGCUUUUAGAAACCAACAAACAUGUAAUUUCAGAAUAUCCACAUUCCACCCCAGCGCAUCAAAGUAGUGGAAUUUAUAGUUGAUGUUAUGUUAUUACCGGUAUGCAUAUCAAAAACUAUGCAGUUACAUUCAAUUUAUGACUACGGAUAGUAAUAGUGAUUGAUUCAACUAUAAAAAUGUAGUUAACUAAUGCAAAUUAACAACGUCAAAGACUCAAACGUUCGUAAAAGUGAUAUAACCAAUCACCGAAGUUACUUAACCUGACGUAUGCAAAUUAUUAUUUUAUUAUUUUAACUUCUAUUUCUGUAUUUUUUGUAACUAAGCAGCGUGACACCUGCAUUGCAUUACUAAUAACCUAAAUGACAUGUAGUGUUCCUGUGAUAUUUUUAUCAACGAAUAUGGUAAAUAAAGAAAACAAAAUUGAUUACUAGUUCAUACUAACAAAUUUAAUUACUAGUUCAUACAUAUAGCAAACAAAGCCAACACAAUGUAUAUUACACUUUUCAAAAAUCGUAUUUAUAUGAAUGGCACAGAAUAUUAUUGCUUUAUUUGCAAUAUGAAGCUGAUGAAUGAGCAAAAUGCAGUUGCACAUACAUCUGAUGAAGUAAAUCAUCUGCAACAGAUGAAAAAUGCUGCACCCUUUAGAAAUAUCAAAAUUGAUGAAGAGCUGUGCAUUAAACUUGUCGAAAAUGGAAUUGUUAUUAUCUACAAUAAAGAAUAUAAAUGUACAAUUUGUUCAUGUUCCAUUCCAAAUAUUGAUCAUGUAUCCGAACAUAUUAAUGGGAAAAAACACACCACCAAACAUAGAAAAUUACUUGAUUGUACCAUUAACAAUGUCAAUUUAAAUGAAUUUAAUGAUCAAGAAAAUACAAUCAAAUCAGUCUUACCUAAUGGUGAACAGAUGGAUAAAUCAGAAUCAUGUCCUAAUAAUGGUCAAAUUGGAAUAUCAAUCUAUUCUAAUCAAGUUGACAAGAAUUAUUCAGAAAAGAUAAAUUUUCAAAAUUAUUCUUAUAUUGGAGUAGGAGAGAAAAAAAAAGACUCUAGUUCAGCAAGUUCCUCAAGAAAAGAAGUUCCAUUUCAAGAAAACUCAUUUCAUAAUCAAGUUCCUGUGAUAAAUAGUGACUUAAUUUAUUGCAGUAGUUGUCACAAUUAUUUGGAACCAAAUUCAGCAAUACGUUAUCAUAGAAUGUUUCAUUUGAGCCAGAAAAAUUGCAAUGCUUAUGAUAUUAUAAGUUUUUCUAUAAGAAAGAAUAAUAAAAGUAUAUAUUGCUUAAUAUGUGACUGUGUGAUGAAAGCUGAAAAUGAUUUGGAGAAUCAUUUAAUAGAAAAUAGACAUCUGAAACGUUCAAUAUUGUUCUAUUACAUUACAGAUAAUACCCUUGCAAAUAUAAUGUACAGAAAUUGUUUAAAUGCUGCAGUUCCUCAAAAUAUGAAUAAUAUUUAUAACAUAUUAGAAUACAAUAAGUAUCUACAGUAUAUGAAUUAUCAUUUAUAUCAAACUGCAUCUUCAGCAGUAGUACAAAGUAGUCCAAUGAACUAUAAAUUUAAUCAACAGUCAAUCAUGAAUUCAAAUUUUCCUAUUACCCAUAAUCAAAAUAUGCAGGUUCCUCUAAAUUACUCAGCUUUUCCUUUAUUUUUCUGUUUUGUUUGUGUUGUUGAAUUUGUUGAUGAAAAUUUAUUAUACUAUCAUUAUACUUAUGAUUAUUGUCAUAAGUACAGAAUGGAAGUCGUAAAUAUUUUGCUAAAAGAUAAGAAUAUCCAAUUUGCUACAUUUUCAAACGAUGAAUUUAUAGUAUGUACAAAAUGCCAAAUUCAGAUGACAAAUGCAAAUGAGGCAAUCACUCAUAUUUUUGAAUUGCAACAUGCAAUGCAAAACCCAAUUGAGCAUAAGAAAACUAUAAUUAAUGAUAGAGCUAUUCUGGAAAACUCUAAUGUAUAUGUAUGUCCAAUAUGUAAGGUAAAUCUAACUGAUGAUUGCCUGAUGAUUCAACACAUCGAAUCAGAGUGUCACAAGAGAAAUAUUCAAGAAUAUUACAUCAACAUCAACAGUACAACAUUUAAAAAGAUUAUAUUUUCUUGUCCUCGGUGCAACAUGAAUUUUUUUAAUGACAAUACAUUUCUUGAACAUUUAUAUGUUGUUCAUGAAAAACACUUUAAUAUUACUGCUAAUACUUUAAUGAAUAAGUCUUACCAAUCUAAUAAUAAACUUGUAGCUGUAACAGAAACUUGUCAGAGUGAUAAUCCAAUGCUCUUGCAUAAUGUUGAUCACACUCUUAAUAACUUUGUAAAUUUGAAUUUGAAUAAAGACAGUAAUAUACAAAGUCUCAAGUUCAAUCUAAAUAAAAAUAAUGGUAACCAUGAAGAGAAUAAGAAUGACAAGUCAUCUGCAGCAAUUCAUACAAAGAAUCUUAUCAACUUUAGUCAGAGAUAUGUAAAAUUGUGUGUCGAAUCUGGCAAAGAAAAUAUUUUUAGAAUUAGUCCAGAAAGACUUGAACUGCUAGAGUUAGGUAUAUAUCUAACAUUUCCAUACAAAUCAGGUAGAGGUUGUAUUCCUUGUGGAUGUGAAGUUUCCAAUGAUCCUCAGCUUCUUUAUGAACAUUUACGUACAGAAAAACAUGAACAAAAUUUAUUAGAGAUGGAAGAAAACAAUGAGUUUUUUGAGAAUUAUGAUGAUCAGUUCAGUGAUUUAAAACUUGCAAAACAAUAUAUGUAUGAAGAUUCAGAUGAAUGGGUUAAAUGUUUUGCUUGUGACAUUAAUGUUGAAAAUUGUGAUAGAAACCUUUACAACCAUAUAAAUUCUGAAUUUCAUACAAAUAAUUGUCAGCCUUGGAUAAAUUCAGCAAACGAUAUAUUUCAAAUUUUUAACAAUAUGUUCAAAAAUCUUUGGUAUUACAUUGAAAAAUUUUUCUGUAAUAUUUGCUGCAAUCAUUUUAUUUUUGAAGUAGAUUAUGCUAGACAUUUGGAAAGCCCUCAGCAUUUGAAAGAAGUAGAAAGUAGAAUUCUUAAAAAGCAAAACCUACAAUUUGAUUAUUGCAUAAUAUGCUCAUAUUUUUGGUAUGCAAGAUCUGAUCAAUAUAAAAUUCAUUGUAACAAAGAUUCUCAUAAAUAUAUUCUCAAAUCCCGUGAUUUUACUGUGCCUAAUAUGCCUGACUCAGCAAAAACCAUAUUGACUUCAGUUGAAAAAACUGUUAAUGACUUAAUUUUGGAAUCAAACGAGAUAUCUGCGACUGACGGCGAUGUGGAAAAACAAUUACUAGAAUCCGUAGAAGAAGUUGUGAAAUUCAAGUAUCCAAAAGCUAAAGCUUAUUUGUUUGGUUCAAGAAUAUCACAUUUGGGUAUCAAAGAUAGUGAUUUGGACAUUUACCUAGAUUGUAAAAAUCAAUACGAAAAACUUAGUUCAAUAAAUGAAUGUCAAGAACAAUUAUUGGUAGUACAGGAAUGUUUUCAUAAAUAUCAAGAUAUAUGGAUAAUUGAAGAAAUAGUUUUACGCACUAGAGUGCCAAUUAUCAAAAUCCGUCAUAGACCUACAAAUCUUAAUUGUGAUAUAUCAUUUAUAAAUGGCCUGAGCGUGGAGAAAUCUAAGAUUCUAAGCUAUUUUACUAAAGCUUGUCUACCUUGUCGAAAAAUGAUACUGUAUUUAAAAAUAUGGAAUAACUUAUGUGGACUGUCAGGAAAAAAAGGCAUAACAACUUUUGCUAUUUCUUGGCUAGUUAUAUUUUACUUACAACUUCAGGGAUUUCUGCCAAGUGUUUGGAAUCUGAUCAAAUUAGAAAAUCAGUCAAACAUUAUAGCAGGCUGGGAAACUGGGAUAUCAAAAAUAAUUCCAGUCAAGGAAAUUGAUUUAACAACAAAAGACCUUCUCAAAGGAUUUUUUUCAUAUUAUGCUAACUUCGAUUACAUAUCUAGUGUGGCUUGUCCAUACCUUGGUCAAGUAAUGAAGAAAAGUCAAUUUUCACACAUAGAUAAUUUACCUGAUGAGAUGGAUCUUUACAAACUAAAAAUUAAAGAAGAAGUGGAUUUUUUCCGUUUAGAUUCACCAAUGUGCAUUCAAGAACCAAUAGAUUUAUCUCAAAACUUAACAAAAGCAGUUACCAAAUUGCAUUUAAGAAUGUUCAAACAGUAUUGUUCUGAAAGUGCUGCUAUUUUGCAAAGUAACACUUCCGACUGACGUGCUAUUAAUAUUAAAAAGUUUUGAAAUGAGAAAACAAUAUAAUAGGUAUGCGAAAAAAGAAAAAGUCGAUUUUAAAAUAGCAAUGGAUAUUUGAAAAUUAGUCGACUGCUGCAAUCAUAUAAUUUGCAGUUGCCUCUUAUUUCUUUCAUGAAUUGUGUACCCACUAGCCCACUAAGAUGGAAAUUGUAUUUUUAUGUGCCAAGUUUUACUCUAAUUUACUUCAUGUAUACUACAUAUCAUGUCAAUUAAAAAUAGACAAUUUUAGUAUUUUUAUAUAAAACGAAAAUUUAUUUUCUGAAGCAACUAUUAAAUUACGGGUGACGGCAACAAAAAAAUAUUUUUUCUAAUUCCAAUAUGUAUAUAGAAUUUUCUUAUUUUUUGUUCAUUUGAUUUAAAAUAUAUUUCUGACUAUGAAAUCCACUAAAGGGUUUCGAUUAUGCAAUCAAGCUAAAAAUAUUUAAAGGUAACAAUGCACUUUGAAUAUUAAAAAACGAAACAAGUUCCUAUCAAUGCGUUGAUGAAUAU